AUGAGAUUCUGGUUGCUAGCAACAUGUGUGCUGACGGUGGUGGUCUCCUCAUUCUCUCAACAACAACCUUAUAACCGAUAUGAUAAUUUCAAUGCGGAUUCAAUUAUUCAAAACGAAAGGAUCCUAUUGGCAUACUACAAGUGUGUGAUGGAGAAGGGACCGUGUACUAAGGACGGAAAGAAUUUUAAACGAGUUCUACCUGAGACAAUCCAAACAGCCUGCGGGAGGUGUUCCCAAAAACAGAAGGCGGUUGUCAGGAAAAUGCUACUCGGUAUACAGUCGAAGAGUGAAAUUCGAUUCACUGAGUUAUUAGACAAGUACGACCCAACCGCGAUAAACAGAGAGGCUCUCUACAACUUCUUAGUUACUGGGAAUUAG